UAUACGUUAAAUUUUAUGGAAAUUUGGAUUUUUUUGGAUUUCAGUAGAAGGUGUAAAAAAAACAUUUUAGUUCCAAAUAAUGAGAAUUUUCUUAUUAUAAUUUGUGUGUUCAGGCUUUAAGGGGUUAAAGCUUCAUUUAUUCAGGAUCUGAAUGUUUUUCCCUAAACUUCAAAAAUUAGGAUCAGAAUUUCUUAAAUUGUGUUGCACUGAAUCUUAACUGAUUUUGAAUUUAUUCACUAAUUUGUAACUUCAGUUCCCAAAGCUGUCAUUUGAUGUGACAUGAAUAUUAUUUUGUAUUAAGAGCAUUUACUCUUUUUUACUCAUUUUGUUAUUACUUCCUUUAGAUACAGCAUUUCACUCUUCUAAGUCAUCACAUUUUUCCUUUUUUAUCAUCAAAUUAAAUCAGGCAUGGUCAUUUAUCAUUCAAUAUAUUUAAGAUACUUUUAAAUUGUAAGGGCUUUGGAAUUUGUCAUGAUCCCUUGAUUCCAAUAACUUGUGCAGUUUUCAGUCUGAUGCACUGAAAAUUUUCUGAUUUCUUUUUUUUCACUUUCUUCAUGCAUAUUCAUUUAUCUAAUAUUUCUGUAGAUGGAUCCACGUCCUCGACCGGAGCUGAUUGAUUUCCAUGGAGUCUCCAUGACCCGCAAUUUUACUCAAAAUUGGGAGGACAUCCAAAACUUCCAGGCCAGGCCAGAUGAUGUUCUUAUUGCAUCAUACCCCAAAGCUGGGAAUACUUGGCUCUGCUACAUCACUGACCUGCUGUAUUUUAGUCAGACGGCUCCAGAGCGGGAACAAACCCUCCAGAUCUAUCAGAGAAUUCCCCAUCUAGAGGCCAGCUUCGAAUUUGUGAUGCCAGACAAGGGUCCAACUCCUACCUUAUUCAAUGGAACAGACAUGAUAAACAACCUCCCCAGCUCUCCUCGACUGAUAAAGACUCAUCUUCCAGUUCAGUUUCUGCCAAAGACUUUCUUUGAGCAAAACUGCAAGAUCAUUUAUAUAAGUCGCAAUGCCAAAGACAGCGUGGUAUCUUAUUUCCACAUGGAACGCAUGACGGUAUUGCUCCCAGAACCUGGAGACUGGCGCAGCUACGUUCAGAGGUUCAUGGAGGGAAAGAUGGUGUUUGGAUCUUGGUAUGACCAUGUGUCCGGCUGGUGGAAGAAGAAACAGACUUAUCCACAGCUCCAUUACAUGUUCUAUGAGGAUCUGGUUCAGGAUACUGGGCGAGAGAUCGACAAACUCUGCUUCUUUCUUGGUUUGUCUCCUUCGGCUGAGGAAAAGGAAAGAAUUAUCAGCAAAGUGCAGUUUGAUGAAAUGAAGACAAACAAUAUGGUGAACAUGUCCUCACUUCGCACAAUGGAUUUCACAGUUUCAUCCUUUAUAAGAAAAGGAAAGGUUGGAGACUGGAAGAACCAUUUCACUGUGGCCCAAAAUAAAGAGUUUGAUGAAGACUAUAAGAAAAAGAUGAAGGACCCCACCCUUGUGUUUCACACUGAAAUUUGAGACAUUUCUGUAAAUCAGGGAAAUAAUCAAUACUUGUCACCUCUGAUGUGAACUGAUUUUUUCCACUGAGUCUCAUGGUAACCCUGUUAGCUAAAUAUCUUGUUAGUCUGACUUUGUGCACUUAGGGACAAACUGUGAUUAUUUCAUUGAACUGAAAAUGAAUUUUAAUAAAAUCAUAGGGCUCAGGAAUUAGCUAUUGAUAUCAGAAGAUUUAAUGAUUUC